AGGGACCUCAGUGAGGAGCUGGAGGCUCUGAAGACUGAGCUGGAGGACACUCUGGAUACCACCGCUGCCCAGCAGGAGCUCAGGACCAAGCGAGAGCAGGAGGUGGCUGAGCUGAAGAAGGCCAUCGACGAGGAGACCAAGAACCACGAGUCUCAGGUCCAGGAGAUGAGACAGAGACACUCCACUGCCCUGGAGGAGCUGUCUGAGAAUUUGGAGCAGGCCAAGAGGUUCAAGUCCAACCUGGAGAAGAACAAGUGUACCCUGGAGAGUGACAACAAGGAGCUGGUGAGCGAGGUGAAGGGGCUUCAGCAGGCCAAGACAGAGUCAGAACACAAGAGGAAGAAGAUGGAGGCUCAGCUGCAGGAGUUCAUGGCCCGAGCCACCGAGGGAGAGAGGGCUAAAGUAGAACUGGCCGACCGCACACACAAACUACAGACGGAACUGGACACUGUCUCCGCCCUGUUGGAGGACGCUGAGAAGAAGGGAAUCAAGCUGGCCAAGGAUUCAGCAGGCCUGGAGAGUGCGUUACAGGACACACAGGAGCUGCUCCAGGAGGAGACUCGUCAGAAGCUGAACCUGAGCUCUCGUAUCCGUCAGCUGGAGGAGGACAAGAGCACCCUGCAGGAGCAGCAGGAGGAGGACGAGGAGGCCCGCAGGAACCUGGAGAAACAACUGGCCACGCUGCAGGCUCAGCUGUUUGAGUCUAGGAAGAAGCUGGAUGAGGACGUGGGGACCCUGGAGUCUCUGGAGGAGGUGAAGAGGAAGCUACAGAAGGACAUGGAGUUGACCAGCCAGCGGCUGGAGGAAAAAGCCUCCGCCUUCGAUAAGAUGGAAAAGACCAAGACCCGCCUGCAGCAGGAGCUGGACGACCUCAUGGUGGACCUGGACCACCAGAGGACCAUCGUCUCGAACCUGGAGAAGAAGCAGAAGAAGUUCGACCAGCUCCUGGCUGAGGAGAAGACCAUCUCUACCCGCUAUGCUGAGGAGCGUGACAAGGCCGAGGCUGAGGCCAGGGAGAAGGAGACCAAGGCUCUGUCUAUGGCCCGGGCUCUGGACGAGGCCCUGGAGGCCAAGGAGGAGUUUGAGAGGCUCAACAAGCAGCUGAGGACUGAGAUGGAGGACCUGAUGAGCUCCAAGGACGACGUGGGCAAGAGCGUCCAUGAGCUGGAGAAAUCGAAGCGCACCCUGGAGCAGCAGGUGGAGGAGAUGAGGACCCAGCUGGAGGAGCUGGAGGACGAGCUGCAGGCCACAGAGGACGGCAAGCUGCGUCUGGAGGUCAACAUGCAGGCCAUGAAGGCCCAGUUCGACAGGGACCUGCAGGCCAGAGACGAACAGAACGAGGAGAAGAAGAGGACGCUGGUCAAACAGGUUCGUGAGAUGGAGGCAGAGCUGGAGGAUGAGAGGAAGCAGAGAGCCCUGGCCGUGGCAGCUAAGAAGAAGCUGGAGAUGGACCUCAAGGACCUGGAGGGGCAAAUAGAAGCAUCCAACAAGGCCAGAGAUGAAGCCAUCAAACAGCUCAGAAAACUACAGGCCCAGAUGAAGGACUACCAGAGGGAGUUGGAGGAGGCCAGAGCAUCCCGUGAUGAGAUCUUUGCACAGUCUAAAGAGAACGAGAAGAAACUAAAGGGCCUGGAAGCUGAGAUCCUACAGCUGCAGGAGGACCUGGCGGCUUCAGAGAGGGCCCGUAGACACGCUGAGCAGGAGAGAGACGAGCUAGCCGACGAGAUCUCAAAUAGCGCCUCUGGAAAGUCGGCCCUGCUAGAUGAGAAGAGGAGGCUGGAGGCCCGCAUCUCGCAGCUGGAGGAGGAACUAGAGGAGGAACAGAGCAACAUGGAGCUGCUCAACGACCGCUUCCGCAAGACCACCAUGCAGGUGGACAUCCUGAACACGGAGCUAGCUGGGGAGCGCAGCGCGGCCCAGAAGAGUGAGAACGCCCGUCAAGGAAUGGAGAGGCAGAACAAGGAGCUGAAGGCCAAGCUGGGAGAGCUGGAGGGGGCAGUCAAGUCCAAGUUCAAGGCUGCCAUCACCGCCCUGGAGGCCAAGAUACUGCAGCUGGAGGAGCAACUGGAGCAGGAGGCCAAGGAGAGGGCAGCAGCCAAUAAGAUCGUCCGACGCACAGAGAAGAAGCUGAAAGAGGUGGUGAUUCAGGUGGAGGACGAGCGUCGCCAUGCCGACCAGUACAAGGAGCAGAUGGAGAAGGCCAACUCUCGUAUGAAGCAGCUGAAGCGUCAGCUGGAGGAGGCUGAGGAGGAGGCUACCAGGGCCAACGCCUCCCGUAGGAAACUACAGAGGGAGCUGGACGACGCCACCGAGGCCAGCGAGGGCCUGACCCGCGAGGUCAACACACUCAAGAACCGCCUCAGGCGUGGAGGCCCCAUCAGCUUCUCGUCUAGCCGUUCAGGCCGCAGCCGGCAGCUCCAGAUCGACGGAACCUCCGUGGACAAUUCUGACGACGACGCCGACAGCCGCGCCAGCGACCACAACGACACGCAAGCCUCCAACCAGACAGAAUAGACGCCUCCUGCUAAUCCUACCAACCCUAUCGAUUAGCCAGCCUGGCAGCAUGGUGACUACAACACCUCAGCCUCUCCAUCUGUCCCCGAGUCAACAGCAGGGAGAACCAGGGUCCUGUUCAUUAAGCACCAAAACAGAAGAAAACAGUCCGAAACAGGGAGGGACUACCUGGAUUUGUCCAAUAAGAACCGCUCGUUUUCAUUUUCCGUUGAAAGACGCUUUCAAACGUUUUGCUACGGUGUGUUCUAAUGAAUACGACCUAGACCACCCCACCCCUCCCAGAAAUGCUCCCUCCCUGGGGAUGACAAAACAAUUACUCCCACUUGAGCGGCUUACUCUGCCUUACUCUAACAAUAUUCCUACUCUACUUUGGCUAGCUGCUCGGCCCGGCGAGUGUCCCAACGAUCUUAAUAUAGUCCUCCCUAGGCGUGGAAUUAUGUGCUUAAAUUAAUAUGUAAACUUAUGUCCAAGUGAUUUUUACUUAUGAACUAUGCGUGUGUGCACAUGUGAGUAUGUAAGGUAUGUGUAUGCCCCUGAAUGCCAAACUGCAAGGAAAGGAGCGAAACUAGGAAAUGUUCACUUUUGUCAUCCUCCUCCCACAUGAAACAAAACAUUGUCUUGUAAUACAAGUGUGUCACCAAAUGUAAAGCCAUCAUCUCUCCCCUGGCUUAAAGCAGGCCUAACAAAACUCUGUCCUCUCCGAUGAUAGUCCUAUUCAACAAUAGGUCAGAGGUCAAUGGACUGCCUCCGCUUCCCUCAUUGCAUGAAUCUCUUCCUGAUGUACAGACUAUUGUUCCGCUUCUAAACACUACAAUGAAACAAGAUGGUGGAUUCACACAGUCUGACCUGUUCUGGGAGAAAAACAUGGAAUGGAAAGGAAGUUUUAACUGUGAAAAGCUUUUCUCCACUUGCCACAGCAUCUCGUCACAACACUUUAAAAACAAUUGGUAACUGACUUCUUAUAGGAAUCGCAUAGGUCAUGAUUGACGUUUUUUGUUGUUUUGUAUUUUGACCAAUUGUAACACUAUUUUUCCUGUUGUUCAGGAAGAAGGGUUGAAGGCAGUGAAGUGUGGUAUGCUUAGAUAGAUGGUCGCUGGCGUACGUAUCACAGAGAAUCGCUGGAAACUGCACAAUGAGUGUUCAUAUGCCCCUGUAACUGGAGCCAGGAAACCCCAAGCUUCUCUCAUGAGUGGUCACAUGAUGUACAAUACAGCCCCUUAGUCCAACACUAAUGGUGAGAGCUUCGAUUGAACGUGUAGUUUGACUAGCUAAAGCCUACCGCUCAGAGCAAGGGAGACUGCCAUCUCACUGUGUUUGUGCCAUGGUUUGGUAGCAAAGUAGGACCCCCAACUCUCUCUUAUAAUACGCUGACACACCAACUACCAAGCACUUAGUAUUCCUAGAUAUAACAGCCUUCUACUGGGGAUAGCAUCUCAAAGCUCUAAAACUAUUAAGCCACUCUUAACGUCCCAGAAUGUCCAUAUCCAUCAGCGCUCUCUAUUCUUCCUUUGGCAUCUCUGUUCAGUAUUAAAAGAUGGUAAUAUAUGUAAACUGCCACUUUCAUUUGACUUUUACUCCAAUGUUAGCUCAGCUGUAAUGACAUGUUUCUUUAAAGUGCCUUAGACACUAGAUAAGAGCAUUAAUGGGUAAUGCACGGUGAGCACCUGUAUUAAAAAGAAAGACGUGUAGGUGAGCACCUGUAUUAAAAAGAAAAACGUGUAGGUGAGCACCUGUAUUAAAAAGAAAGACGUGUAGGUGAGCACCUGUAUUAAAAAGAAAGACGUGUAGGUGAGCACCUGUAUUAAAAAGAAAAACGUGUAGGUGAGCACCUGUAUUAAAAAGAAAGACGUGUAGGUGAGCACCUGUAUUAAAAAGAAAGACGUGUAGGUGAGCACCUGUAUUAAAAAGAAAGACGUGUAGGUGUGCACCUGUAUUAAAAAGAAAGACGUGUAGGUGAGCACCUGUAUUAAAAAGAAAGACGUGUAGGUGUGCACCUGUAUUAAAAAGAAAGACGUGUAGGUGUGCUGUACGUGUUACAUAAAAACCUAACGAGGCAAACCUGGUGAACGGUAAACAAACACUUUUUCUUCUUCUUUGUCUUGUGUAUUUUUGCUGUGUGUCAUAUCAUACCCAGUGUGCACCUCCUCUCCCGUUCAUAUACCUGUAGCAAUGUCUCCAUAGGUAGUGUGUGUGUGGGUCAGAAAUCAGUGUUACUAUUAACUGUGUGAGAUGUGGAGCCUUCUGCUCCCCCUUCAAGAGCAGAAUGUGAUUUCAUUUGGUUAAAAGCUUUAACAUCCAUGAUGUAGUUUUACUUGUAUUAUUAUUAUUAUUCUCAGACUGGCUGUUGACGACCAGGCUUUCAUUACAACUGCAAAUACCCCCCCCCCCCCCCCAUUUUAUUUCUUGUAUGCCUCCUGUAUUUCUAGA